AUGCCAUCCCAUGCAAGACUCAAAUCGCGGUCAGGCUGUCUGACCUGCAAAGGGAGACGGGUCAAAUGCGACGAAGCAAAGCCCCAUUGCCAGAGAUGCACAUCAACAGGGCGAAAGUGCGAUGGGUACAGGACACCAAGUCCACCUCCAUCUAGUUACCGCGAUCUGACCACGCUCUCGUCGCCGGCUUUAAUGCCAUCAGGGAACGCCCGCGAGAGCCGAUCGUUCCAGUACUUCUAUGAGCGGACUGUGCCUUCACUGGCAGGGUACUGCGGCUCUGAGUUCUGGAACAGGCUGGUGUUGCAGGUCAGUCAGCAUGAGGAGUCGGUGUGGCAUGCGAUGAUUGCGCUGGGCUCGCUGCAUGAGAAUUUCGAGAAUGACCAGCAGAUUCCUGGACUGCGGUUCUCGCGGCGGGGGCAGGAUAGUUUUGCGGUGCAGGAGUAUAAUUUUGCAAUUAGGGCUCUACUGGGACGGUCGAAUUUUGGAGUGUUGCCGACUGGUUUAGCUGUCGAUGUUUGUUUGAUAUCGUGCAUUCUUUUUACUUGUUUCGAGGUUCUAUCUGGCCACUAUGAUUCCGCUAUCAGCCAUAUCAGAGGCGGCAUCAAGAUCAUGAACGAGGCGUACUACGACCCAAGAUAUGGGACAUUCUGUCACCCCGUCCUCAAACCGUCUACAGUCACCCGCCUCGAAAUGGACAACCUGCGCAAGAUCCUCAUCCGUCUGCAAGAUCAAGCCUUUACCUUGACCCGCGACAACAUCGACCAACAAUUAACAGAGUCCACCGCGUUCGACGCCCACCUCGAAAUGCCAGACGCCUUCCGCUCUGUCGCCGAAGCACGCGAUGUCUUCGAGUACUACAGGUGCAAGGCCGUCCGCGACACCACCAAAUGCAAUACGCAGACGGAACUCCUCCACAUAUACGAGCCCAUCAUCACCAAAUUCUUCACUGUCCUUUCAACUUUCGAACAAACCCGUCAAACUCUCCUCACCCCACACGAGCAAAUCGGACUCAAGAUUCUCAAAAUCCACCAAAACAUGCAACUCGUCCGCCUUGAGUACGCAAAGCUAGGUGUAACCGACCAAAGUCCAUGGGAUAAAUACAACAACAUCUUCGCAGAAAUCGUCCAACUCGCCGCCUCUGUCGUCGACAGUACGCACGGGAUCGACUGUCUCUCACUAUCCCCAUCUCAACUGGAGAUUCUGUCGAACCAAGGCCUCCUCAAACCGUCAUUCACACUGGACAUGGGCAUAAUCGGUCCGGUCUUCAACGCGGCAACGCUCUGUCGCGACCCGAGUAUCCGACGCAAGGCAGUGCAGGUUCUGCGUUCUGCAGCGCGGCAGGAAGGGUGUUUUAAUAGUCAUGUCUGUGCAGUUGUUGCGGAACAGGCGAUUGCCAUUGAAGAGGCUGCUGCGGCUAGAGCAUCUGGGUCUCUGCUUAGGGUACUUCCUGAAUUGGAAUAUAAGCCUGCGUCGAUAACGGCGUGCUCGGAGGUUCCUGAUGCGGCGAGGCUUACGUAUGUGUAUCCUAGGAUUGACGCGGUGCAGAAGAGGGUUUAUAUGAGGCUUGGGCAGAGGGGGGCGGAUGUUGAUGUUCCGCUGACGAAUAUGACUGUCAUGAUGGAUAUGGUUGCUUGAUACACUGGUCUACGUUUAUUUUAUGGGUUUAUGCUUUUGGGUAUGGCGUUCUGCUGGUUGUUUAUAUUAUCUCUCAGCCAAAACAAACAUUUCAAGCUCCUUAUACGCCUCUUCAACAUCCCCAUUAACAAUAAUUUUAUCAUAAGCCCCCUCCUCCGCAUACUCCAGCUCGACCCUCGCCUGGGCAAGUCUCCUCUGCACAUCCUCCUCCCCCUCCGUCCCUCUCGCCCUAAGCCGCUCCUCAAGAACCUCAAAACUCGGCGCCCGAAUAAACACAUACCGCGCAUCAAUACCCGAGUCCUUCAACUGCCUCACACCCUGCAUCUCAAUAUCAAGCACCACCACCAAGCCCCUGGCAGUCUGCUCAUCAAUAGUC